AUGUCCGAACAACAGCAACAGCCUUACAGCAUUGUCAAGCCCGUCGGGUUCACGAUUGCCUCAUGUGGCUACUGCCACAGCGACAACUCUGCCCACGUCUACGGUGCAUUCGCGUACAAGCUCACCUGCCAGGACUAUCAAAACCUCAUCGACCACGGCUGGAGAAGGUUGAAUGCCUCAGAGUUCAAGCCCUCCAAGGGUCAGAGACGAACGGUGGCCCGCAUCAACCGGUACAUGAGGAACCAAUAUGUCCCACUCAAAAUCUCCAGAGAGAGCAUGGUUCGCGAGGACACUAGCGCUCUGGAUGAACACAGCCCCAGCCCCGAGCCACCACACGGCACAGCCCACGGCCCGCGCCGGAAAUCGCUUUCUCCUCCUCUUGGCAGGAUUGAAAACUCCUACACCGACUUUCUCCACACGAUCCAUGCCACAGACAUGGACAAGAUGGAGCCUGGAUCUGACUGGAAGCAGUUCAAGGUCGUCUUGGAGCCUGCACGCUUCACCCAGGAAAAGUACGACCUUUACUGCGAGUACCAAAAGGGCAUUCACCAUGUUUCAUCUGCAUUGCUUUCUCGAGAGUCGUUCGAUAAUAGCGUUGCUCGUUCCCCUCUCAUUUCCGAAUCCCCUAUCCAGGACACGUUGGGCUUCAACGGAUACGGCACUUACCAUCAGUGCUACUAUGUCGACAACAAGCUGGUAGCUGUUGCUGUCCUCGACAUUCUCCCUCGAUGCAUCUCUUCCGACUAUUUCUACUACGACCCAUCUUUGUCCAGCUUGUCUCUGGGCAAAUAUAGCACCUUGAGGGAGAUUGCUCUUGUCCAGGACAUCAAGGCUAUUCCGGGAUACGAGUUAAUGGAGUACUACACCAUGGGCCACUAUGUUCACUCUGCCCCCAAGACACACUACAAGACCAUGUAUCACCCUUCGUUUCUCUUGGAUCCUGAGAGCUAUGACUGGACGCCUUUUGAAAAGUGCGAGCAUAUCCUUCAGUCCAAGCGUUACUACUCUUUCAGUGAGUCUGAGCGCUUUCACCCACGCGUCAAGGGUUUGCUGAUUACCAUGGCGGCAGAGAGAAGAGCACGAGAAAAGUCGAGUGGCUCCAAGGGUUCCAGUCCUUCUUCCAACGAUUGCAGCCAUAUGGAGUUGGAUUCCUCAACUGAAGUUGAAGUCGAGGGACUGAGCGCACAGAACCACCUUGAUCACGCGUUGAGCAGCAGCGAUGAAGAAGGACACAAGAGAAAGCGAUCCAAUGAAUUCUCUCACACUCCAAAGGAGCUUAUGCGUAGCGGUAAACGGCCUUCAUUGACCUCUCCUUCCUCCGAUUCACUCUUGCCUCCCCCUGGCAUGAUGAACCCUGACGAUGUCACAGACCGCGACCUCUCGCAGCUUGUUGUCUUUCAAGGGGAUCGUGCUACGAUGCUGACGGACUCGGAGUCGUUCAAGAACAACAAGGACGUUGCCAAGGCCAUGCGCGAUUACUAUGCCGCCAUUGGGCCCACCUUGGCUCCUCGGAUGCUUAUCUUUGCUUAA